CAAGCAGUGUGUCAUAAAAAAACAUAAACGUGAGGGGGUCUCUUCUUUUCACCCGCAAAAAACCUACCCCUGUCGCCUGCGAAUCACAACUUCGCCUCAAAUUCUGAUCUAUUCGCAACGAAGCCGAGCGAUAAAUCGAAUCGCAUGAUCGAUCUGAUCUGAGGCGAUAGAAUCAGAUUUUAUGAGCGAUGUUCAGUGAUCGGCGGAAGCGGGAUAUGGCCACCAAUCACGGUGGAUACCUGAACAACAACAACAAGCCUUCUUAUGGAAGAGGCGGCGGCGGAGGAAGUAUGGUGGUUCUUUCUCGGCCGAGAAGCUCGCAAAAUGCUGGGCAGAAGCUAUCAGUACCACCUCCACUGAACCUUCCUUCACUCCGUAAGGAGCAUGAGCGCGUUGAUUCAUCCGGUUCCAGCUUUCUCUCCGGAGGUGGAGUCUCUGGGAGUGGAGCUAGACCAGCUUCCUCCGGGAUGGGAUGGAGUAAGCCUGCUUCUGACCGUGUCGAAGAACCGUUGAUACGGGCUGUAGAGAAAGUUUCGACCUUGAGGGGUGAAGAUUUUCCAUCUCUCAAGGCCUCUCUACCUUCAGCUUCUUCAGUGUCUGAGACACAGAAACAUAAAGAUGGUCUGAAUCAGAAUCAGAAUCAGAAACAGAAUCAGAAGCGAGAAGAGUUUCCGAAAGAGAACAGAGCUGUGAGACCUCAGAACCGGUUCUUAGGUAAUGAAGAGUUGAGCGAGAGACCUAGUUUUUCAGAUGGGGUGAAGAAAAAGGAUUACCUUCUUCCAGGCCCAUUGCCUAUUGUUCGUAUGUCCCCGCGGUCCGAUUGGGCUGACGAUGAGCGCGACACUAGUCACGGCUUCAGAGAUAGAGAUUACGGCUAUUCAAAGAGUGAACCAGUAGUAGUAAGGGAGGCCAAUGCUUGGAGAGCCUCCUCACCUCUCCAAAACGAAGUUGCAAAUAACAAUAAUAAUAAUAACAAUAGAGGUAUUUACGGAGCAAGGCCGAAUAGUAGAGGCAGAGAAGGUCUUAAGAAAAGUAACUACGUCUUGUCAGGACCAAGAGAUAAUGUUUGGAAUAGCUCCGGAGCUAGAGAGGCUCAUGGAGGAGGAAGGCAACCAUGGAGUAAUAACAAUGGAGUUGAUCAUCAGAAUAGAGAUAAACGCCCUUUAUUCAAGAACGACAAACCUCAUGUGGAAGAUCAUUUCGGCGACUCUGGAUUCGAUGUCCACGAUCCUUUCCCGGUACUUGGCGUUGCCAAAAAGAAGAAAGAGGCUUUGAAGCAUUCGGAGUUCCACGACCCCGUCCGGGAGUCAUUCGAGGCUGAGCUCGAGCGGGUUCAGAAGAUGCAGGAAGAGGAGCGCCGGAGAAUCAUCGAGGAGCAGGAGAGGGUGAUCGAGCUAGUUAGAACUGAAGAAGAGGAGAGGCUGCGGCUGGCUCGGGAGCAAGACGAGCAGCAGAGCAGGUUAGAGGAAGAGGCCAGAGAAGCCGCCGUUAGAAACGAGCAGGAGAGGCUAGAAGCCGCGAGGAGGGCGGAGGAGCUGAGGAAGUCGAAAGAAGAGGAGAAGCAUAAGCUGAUCUUGGAGGAGGAGAGGAGGAAGCAGGCUGCCAAGCAGAAGCUUCUAGAGUUGGAAGAGAAGAUCUCGAGGAGACAAGCCGAAGCCGCCAAAGGAUGCAGCAACUCUUCAGAGGAUGUUGUUAAAGAGAAAGAGUCUUCAGAUGUUGAUUGGGAAGACAGCGAGAGGAUGGUGGAUAGGAUCACUACUUCAUCAGCUUCUAGAGACGGCUCCUUUGGGUUCCAGGAUAGGCACAAGCCCUUUUGGAGAAAGGAAGAUGUAGAGAGUGGUGGCAACUCGAGGUUUAUUGAGAAUGUUCCGCAGAGAGAUGUAGGUGAAGGUUUCCCCAAGGAGUUCUUUGGGACAGCUGGAUACAUCGGCAAUGCAAAUUCCUACUUCAAACCUGGAUUCCCCGAGCAUUCAGUUGAUCAGAGCUGGAGAACUCCUGGAGACGGAAGAUCCUACGGUAGAAACUACGGGAUGGAACAACCAGAACCAGAGCAGCAGCAGUAUGGUAAUAACCCCGGGUGGGGACAAAGCCAGAGCCGUGGACGCCGCGGUGGUGCAUACCCUUCUUAUCCGGAGAAGCUGUAUCCGAAUCAUGAGGAGGAUGAUUACUACCCUUUUGGAAGACCAAAGUAUUCAGUCAGGCAGCCACGUGUACUCCCCCCUCCUCCGCAGGAGUCUAGGCAGAAGCUGCCCUUCAGAAGCGAGGCUGAGCACCAUCCUGGCCCCUCGACGUCUGUUCUCGCCAGCUAUAUUGGGGAUCUUCAAGACCAUCAUCAUGUGAUGUCGGGAACUGGUAUGGAUGAUCAUCGUUUCGAUAGCAAGCUGACCAGAAGAUGCGACUCUCAGUCUUCGCUUUCCAUCACCAGCACGCCUGAUUCACUUGUUCAUAUCUCUCAUGAUGAUUUGGACGAAUCAGGGAACUCAUCUGUGUUGGUAUCUUCCAGAAAGGGAGACGGUGAUGCUGGGAAGGAUAGUUUGAUGAAUGCUACGUGUCCUGUGUCUUGUUGGGAUAACGAAGAGUGGGCUCUUGACAACAACGAACGGUUGCAGGAGCAAGAAGAGUACGACGAAGAUGAAGAUGGGUACCAGGAGGAGGAUAAAGUCCAAGGAGUUGAUGAGAACAUUGAUCUUACACAAGAGCUUGAAGAACUGCAUCUCCAAGAGAAAGACUCUAACCUAGUCUUGGGCUUUAACGAAGGAGUCGAGGUUGAGAUACCUAGUGAUGACUUAGAAAAAUGUCAACAGAAAGACAGUUUCUUAGACGGUGAAAGACCUUGUAGCUGUGAUGAACAAGCCGCCAAACCUGCUGAAGUUUCUGAUAAUGCGUCUACGAGCUUUCAGGGUACUGAAACCAACUCAGCGAGUUACCCAACAGUUUCUACUCAUCUUGUGGCACCGCCUUACAGCAUUGGUCUGCACCAGUCACAUGUACCUUCUGCUUCAGCACAGAUGGAGGAUCGUGUUCAGUUUCAGUUUGGAUUGUUUUCUGGUCCAUCACUGAUACCUUCUCCUUUCCCUGCCAUACAGAUUGGUUCCAUCCAAAUGCCUCUUCCUCUUGAUCCUCAGUUCGGCUCCUCGCUUACUCAUAUCCAACAGCCUCAGUCACCAUUCAUUCAAUUUGGUCAGCUAGGAUACACAUCCCUAAUAACCCAAGGGGUACUCCCACCACCUCAAAAUCCUGGAUCCAUGGCCACUGGCCAGCUUGGUCAAGGUAGAAAUGCAGCAGCGCCUGCCUCAAACCCUCAGAUCAGUGUUCUUAGGAGACCAGUGGAUGUUUCUGAUGGGAACAAACUAAAGAAUGCCAAUAUCUCUCCAGCGAGCGGUGAGGUUGCUGUGCCGCCACCUCAUAAGCAAGGAGAGUUCUCUGGUAAGUCCGAACCAGCCUCGAGAAAAAUGAGCCAUGGAAGAUCAAAUUUUGCUGAUAGACAAACAGGAGGAGGCCAAGUAGUUAGUAGAAAUUCUGGCGGCACUGGUGAGGCUUCUCGGGGAGAUGCUGGUGGUUAUAGAAGAUAUCAACGUCAAAGGGUUGAGUUUAGGGUUCGGGAAUCAAACUGGCCUUCUGAGGAGAAUCGAAAUGGCAAUGGAAAGUCUCAAAAUUCUAACAAAAGUGGGAGUAGAAAGUAUGUUGUGUCCAAGUCCCAGAAGUAUUCCUCAGAUAGCUCAGUGUCUGGUUCGAAUUCUGUUCAGAAAGUUGAAGGUCCUAGUGAUGAUAAUGAUGAUGAUUUUAUUGAGGUGAGAUCGAAAAGACAAAUGCAUAAUGAUCGUCGUGAACAGAGAGAGAAAGAAAUAAAGGAAAAGUCCCAGGCGUCAAAGGCAUCCAGGAAACCUCGGUCAACUGUGCAGAACAGUACUGCUGCAGCCAGGUCCAACAGAAGUCCACCAGGUGGCAGGGUUGUGAACACUAAGCAGAUUAAUCCUGUCUCCAACAGACAUCUGUUAGCCCCAAUAGGCACACCUUCUCCUAAAACAGAUUCUCAUGGUGAUGAAAAAACUGGGAGCAGCAGGUACUUUCCUCUAUUUGAUCAAAUGUAUGAUCGUGUUUUGUGUUCACAGAGAUUAUCCCUGAUCAAAUGCGUUUGUGUUCACAGAGAUAUCCCUGAUCACAAUCCAGCGUCAAGUUUUGUAUUCAGCAACAAAAAUAAUGUUCAAACGUCUGUGGGGACUUGGAGCAACCAACUCACCGAUCAGCCGGUAAUGGCCCUAACCCAGAGUCAGCUUGAUGAAGCCAUGAAACCUGCGUCUCUUCUUUCAUGUGUUUCUGUUGAGAAUGGUGUCAACCGAAUUAGCGAGCCAAAUCCUAAAUCAACCUCCUCUGUCGCGCCGCAGAAGAACAAUACUUUUCCAAGCCCAGUAAACUCAUUACUUGCAGAAGGCAAAAUCCAAUUUGGGGCAGUUACAUCUUCUUCCUCUGUUAUUCCUCCUUGUGGUGAGAACAACAGUUCUUUAUACUUUGAAAAGGAUAGAGCCCCAUCAUCAUCCACUGGCAUGGAGAUUUGUGAAGCAGAAGCUGCUGCGUCAGCCAUUGCCGUUGCAGCCAUAACUAGUGAUGAAACCGGUGGGAGUACUGGUUCUGUAUUACCUGCUGAAACCAAAGUUUAUGGAGGAACAAGUGGCACUGUUGUGGCGCAGCCUAGUCUAUCAAAAGCUGAAGAGUCUCUCACUGUUUCUCUCCCAGCAGAUCUUUCAGUGGAAACGCCAAUCUCUCUGUGGCCACCAGUGCCAAGUCCACACAACUCAAACCAAAUGAUCAGUCACUUUCCUCAAGCCCCUCCUCAUUUCCCUUUCUAUGAUAUGAACCCCAUGUUGAGAGGACCUAUCUAUGCCUUUGGCCCACACCAUGACUCGGGAGCAAACCAACCACAGUCUCAGAAAGGUCCUUCCGGUCCACCUACGACGUGGCAGCAGCAGCAGGGUCAUUCGGGAGUAGAUUCCUUCUACGCUCCUGCCGGUUUCACUGGUCCUUUCCUAACUCCACCUGGUGCUAUACCUCCUGGAGUUCAGGGCCCUCACAUGUUUGUUUAUAACCACUUUGCACCCGUUGGACAGUUUGGAGGGUUGAGUUUCAUGGGCACAACUUACAUCCCGUCUGGGAAACAACCGGAUUGGAAGCACAACCCUAUGGUGUCUUCUUCUCAGGCUGGAGGAGAUGGUGGUGAUGUGAACAAUCCAAAUGUGUCUCCCAUGCAGUGUAACGUUGUGCCUGCUUCUCUUCAACACCUUGCUAUGCCUUCUCCUCUUGCCAUGUUUGAACCAUCCCCUUUCCAGUCUUCUUCUUCUCAGGAGAUGCCUGUUCGAGCACGGUGGCCUUAUAUGCCGUUUCCGGGCCCCCCAACAAUGCAAAUCCAGAAUCAGCAGGAAGCAGCAGUCGAUGGCUCACCAUCUCAGUUUAACAACAACAACAACAUGCUUCCUCCUCCCGCCAACAGAUAUCCAAACAUCCAAACACCCACGGUGGCAGAUGCAGUGGACUCCUCAAACUCUUACGGUUCUGCUUCACAACCAAAACCUAUCACCACCUUGUCCGAUCCCAACACUCAGAAUCCAGCUAAUCCUGCCUUCAAGCCAUCACGAACACCACAACAACAACAACAGCAACAAUCCUCCCAGGAGAAGAACACACAGUCUCAGCAUGUUGGUGGGUCCAGCCACCACAAUCAACAUCAACACCAGCAUAACAGAAGGUCAGGCUUCCAUGGGAGAAACCAGGCCGUAACUAGAGAGAGAGGCUACCAUAACAACACAAAGGUGAAGCAAAUUUAUGUGGCUAAGCAGAGUAGUAGUAACAGCAACAACGCAUCUGCCUCUGCCUCUUCCACCACAACCACUUCGCCUUCAAUAUGAUGGGUGGUCAUUAUCAUUAUCCAUAUGUCCGCUUAAGAUUAUAUGAACACAAGUCAAAUAACAUAAGCAGCUUUGGCUUCAUAAGGAGAUGUCCUUCUUUUUGUAUUUCUCAUUGGAUAAAAAUAGAUUUGUCUUAUUUGCUCUCGUUUGGGGUUUCGCUAUAUGGAACUUUGGUAUCAUUAGUUUUGAAUUUAUGUUUUGGGUGAAAUACCUUAUUCAUAGUUCCAAUGUUUUCCCCAUAAUAUAUAUCUCUUGUCAACAUUGUCUUGUAUUA